AGAAUAGAUAUCCGGAUGUGACAUGUUACUUUUUCCAGCUGUGGGGGAUUCCCCUUCCACAGUUCCCAUAAAAGAAUUUGUUUAGUAUCGACUAUCGAGUUAACUAACUAUGGAAGGGAUACUUCUCCUGUAAGACGCAGGCAGACGCAAGUAUUAUAUUAUCAUUCGUCAGUCGUAUUCUAUGUACAUAUUAGUUGACGUUAUCGCUUGUUAGUAAAUGAAAAUUAUACUAAAUAUAUAUAAUAGAUAUACCUUAAGUGAUGAUAUUGAUUACAUCACACGCAUUUAAGUUAUGCUCAUAAACUUUAGUUCCCGAAAGAUAAUUACUAGUAGUAAAUUCAUUUUAAAUCAUCAUAAAAAAAAUCAGUUAAAAAAAAUAACUUGAUCUUUGACAGCAACGUAAACAAAGCAACCUUGCUGAAAUGGUGUUGUCACGAUGUUAUGGAGUUAUUAAGUAUACUAUAGUGUUUGUUAAUUUAAUUUUUUGGGCGUUGGGGCUCAUUGCAGUAAUCCUUGGAGUAUGGAUGAUCUCCGACCCUACAUCCGUUGUCUCCGGAGCCCACGAGCUUCAAAACUUUCAAGCAGGAAUCUACAUCAUGAUAGCAACUGGCGCUUUAUUAGUUAUCGUCUCAUUUCUAGCGAUAUGCGGUGUUUUUCGUGAAUCACAGUCAUUACUUGUCAUAAGCUCAUCUUGUCUUUUAGUUAUCGUCGUUAUUUUAUUAUCAGCCGGGGCUUGGUUGUACACAAAUCGUCAUCGCAUGGACCCACUCAUUAAGAGUGUCUAUACCAAAACAGUCAAAGAUGAAUAUGGAGUAAUUGAUCACCGUACUGAAACUGUCGAUGCAAUUCAAUCGGGAUUUGAAUGUUGUGGUGCAAAUGGUCCAAGUGAUUGGGCUUCAAGUAUAUAUGGGAAGAAAGAUCCAAGUGAACCGAUUAGAUUCACUGUUUCAGCAAGUCCUGAUACUUACUAUAUUCCACCAUCUUGCUGUAAGCGAAAUGAUCAUGCUGAGGCACUCGACUUUUUACGGGAAUCUGAUGCUUGCAAUAAAGUACAUAAACUGAUCGUUGGUGGUGUCAUACCUAACACUAUUUAUAAUAAGGGCUGUACAGAGGAACUUAUUGCUGUUGUCAAUAGUCAAGGAUACAUUUUUUUUGAAGUUAUAAUUGGCCUCGGUUUUAUUGAACUUAUUGGCCUUUUUUUGUCUAUAAUUCUAUGCUGUAGUUUAGGCUCUUCAGAAAGAUACAAAGCCUAAGUUAUUUUUUCAAAAACAUUUUUCAAGCAAAUAUGUUUGUUCACAAUGCCAAUUUGGUGAUCGUUGAUCAUCCGAUUCUUUUUAUUUUAUUAUUUACACAGCCCAUAAAAUUAUGAUAGUUCUCUACUUGACAAAGGUUCUAGAUUAUAAAAUCAAUCCUUCUGUUGAUUCAAGACAUAUUCAGGACAAUUAACUUUGUUCUAACGAUUUAUAGUGAAGAGUUUUGUAGUUUAGAUUUGUGAACAAUUUUUCAUAACUCCAUCAGUUCAUUUUUAAUCUAAGUAUCAUAGUUCUUUAUCUGAAUUUGACGAUCAAAAAUUCAGUAUAUUAAGGUAUCCCUAGUGAAAAUGAUUUCUCCGAUUUUUGAGAAAUUUGGAGAAAUAUCGGAGAAAAACUUUCGCCAGGAAUUACUUUUGCGGAGAGAUUUUUCUUACGGUUUCCUAAAAAUUUUACUACUAAAACUUAAAAUAAUUACGCAUCGAUUAAUAUAAUUUGAAAAAUUUUGUCCCAUCUAGUAUUUUAGUGACUUAACUCUAAAUGAUAAAUUUUUCAACCCAUCGUAAGCGGAGAAUCAUUAUUUUUUUUGCACUACAUUCAUAAUAAAAAAAAACUGUUUCUACUAUUUUCGUGAAAAACUGAUAAUUAUUUAUUGAAAUCAUUUAGAAAAUUUCAAUUUUUUUAUACAUACCGAUCCGAAGAUAUUUAUAUGCAAACAUUAAUUAAUUUUCUAUUUUUAAUCGUUAGCAAACAAACUGUAAACAUUAAAUUUUUUAACCCAUCUAUAUAGCAACUUUAUGGUGAUUGGUUAAAAUCAGUACAGUCUUCUAGAAAAUUAUUUAUUUUAUUGAACGAACUUAUUAUUCGUUUUGCUCUACCCAUUAACUAUAAAUUUUUUGUUUCACCGGCCGCAGAACUAAUACCUUGAGUAUAUUUUCACCAAAGAUUUUAUAAUUGUUUUUAAAUCCUAUCGUGUACAAUUUUAUAUUUGAAUUAAAACUUGAGAUAUAGACUUUGAUGGUAUAAAUUUAUUGUCUACUAACUAAACCAAAUGAUUUUAAACAAAUUCACAUCUGUUGGAGUUUGUUUCUUCGAGGAAAUAAUCUUCUUGUCCACGAAAACAGACAAUGGGUGGAUUUGGAAGCAUAGAAUUUUUUUCUCGCUUUGUUUUUCCAGUUUCACACUAUCGACAAAUGACCAGAAAUAGUGGGAACAACCUAAAUGAUGAAUCUAUAUAAUUUUCUAUAAACUUUUAUUAAAUUAAAAUAAUUUAUAUUUGCCUAUACUCACCAUGAGCAAUAAAAAUAUAUUAAUAAUUAUAA